AUGGAAGAGGAACCAGUAUCCCACUCGACCGAGAAAGUGGCCUACCCUCGCAAAGCAGAAAGCCAUGAAACCCUCUCUGACCUUCUCCAUGGUACCCAAUUCCCCCCGGAGAUACCUGUCAAAUGGGGCUUGUCCGGGGAAGUCUCAGCCAUGCAGGAACGUGAUCUGGCCGCGGGCUACAGCAAGCGUGAACUCGGGGUCACCUGGAAAAACUUGACCGUGGACGUCCUUUCGGCAGGAGCGUCGGUCAAUGAGAACUUCUUCUCCCAAUUCAACCUCCUCCAACUUGCGCGUGAUCUCCGACAGAAGCCCGCCGUUCGGUCCAUCCUACAGGAUAGUCAUGGCUGUGUGAAGCCAGGCGAAAUGCUACUCGUGCUAGGACGCCCCGGCUCCGGUUGUACUACCUUGUUGAAUGUCCUUUCGAAUCGGAGAGCGGGCUAUCGAUCGGUCUCAGGCGAUGUCAAAUUCGGCUCAAUGACGCCCGAGGAGGCCGAGCAGUACAAGGGUCAAAUCGUCAUGAAUAGUGAGGAGGAGGUCUUUUUCCCUACCUUAACCGUGGGACAAACCAUGGAUUUCGCUACUCGUUUGAAGAUCCCUUUUCAUAUCCCCGACGGGGUCACGCCGGCCGAUUGGGCAGGUGAUUUCAAGCGCUUUCUUAUGGAGUCGAUGAAGAUCUCGCAUACGGAAGAAACUAAGGUCGGCAACGAGUUCGUGCGCGGUGUUUCGGGUGGAGAGCGAAAACGUGUGUCGAUCAUCGAGUGUAUGGCGACAAGGGGAUCGGUGUUUUGCUGGGAUAACAGCACUCGCGGCCUGGACGCAUCCACUGCACUCGAGUGGGCGAAGGCUUUACGCGCAAUGACCGAUAUUCUAGGUCUCACCACUAUCGUGACGCUAUAUCAAGCGGGUAAUGGUAUCUAUGAUCUAUUCGAUAAAGUCCUGGUGUUGGAUGAAGGACAGCAGAUUUUCUACGGACCAGCACCCUUGGCAAAGCCCUUCAUGGAAGGUCUAGGUUUCGGAUACACCGAUGGUGCGAAUGUGUCCGACUAUCUGACUGGUAUCACGGUGCCGACCGAGCGAAGCAUUCUCCCUGGGUACGAAGGCUCAUUUCCCCAAAACCCCGAUGAACUCCUCGGCAUCUACCAAAAGUCCGACAUCUGCCAGAAUGCAAUGCUUGAGUAUGACUAUGCAUCGACACCGCUAGCCCAGGAACGCACGAGUGCAUUUCAAGACUCGGUAGCAUUUGAGAAGAAUACUUCCCUGCCGAAAGGCAGUCCCUUGACCACAGCGUUCCACCACCAGCUCAAGAUAUGCAUCAUCCGCCAGUAUCAAAUCAUCUGGGGCGAGAAAUCUACGUUUCUCAUUCGACAGUUUGUGUCCCUUGCCAUGGCUUUAAUCGUCGGAUCCUGCUUUUACGACUCCCCGGACACUUCGGCGGGUCUCUUCACGAAGGGCGGCGCGGUUUUCUUCUCUCAUGUCUACCAGGUCACCAUGGCAAUGGCUGAAGUCACCGGCGCUUUCAGGGGACGGCCGAUUCUAAUCAAACACAAAUCUUUUGGGUACCAUCAUCCAGCUGCAUACGCCAUCGCAAUCCUCACUGCGGAGCUUCCUGUGGUCCUCUUCCAAUGUACCAUUUUUUCGGUUGUUUUAUACUGGAUGGUUGGCCUUAAAGCAACUGCUGCUGCGUUCUUCACUUUUUGGAUCAUUCUUAUUGCUAUCACCUUGUGUGUGAAUGCAAUGUUCCGAUCAAUCGGUGCUGCCUGCAGCAACUUGGAGGUUGCUUCCAAGGUGUCUGGCAUUGUCAUGAAGUUCUUGGUGAUGUACACUGGCUACAUGAUCCCCAAACCUCAAAUCAAAAACUGGUUUGUCGAAUUGUAUUAUGCGAAUCCAAUGGCCUACGCUUUUCAAGCAGGGCUAACCAAUGAAUUCCAUGAUAAGACGCUGCCUUGUGUUGGUGGGAGUCUGAUUCCUCACGGGGCUGGCUACAAUGAUUCCAAUUACCAGUCCUGUGCCGGUGUGGCUGGAGCGGAAAGGGGUGCCACCUAUGUCACCGGUGAUAACUACCUUGCUGCUCUCCACUGGAAACACUCUCAGCUCUGGCGCAACUUUGGGGUUGUGUGGGGAUGGUGGACCUUUUUUGUUGCCAUUGCAGUUGUCUCGACCUGUAUGUGGCGGGCUGGAGGAGCAGGCAGCAACUCGCUUCUCAUCCCCCGAGAGAAAAUGAAGCACUUCCAACGCCCAAGAGACGAGGAAACCCAAUCGCCAGGCAAUAAAGAAAGCCAAAGCAACAACCCUAUCACGGCCGACGAUAGUCAAAAUGAAACCCGUCUUAUGCGAAACACUUCGGUGUUUACUUGGAAAAACCUGGUAUAUACCGUCCAGACACCUUCGGGAGAUCGAGUACUUCUGGACAAUAUCUACGGAUGGGUUAAACCUGGAAUGCUUGGUGCUUUGAUGGGAUCUUCCGGAGCUGGCAAAACGACUUUGCUUGAUGUCCUAGCGCAGAGGAAAACAGAAGGCACGAUUCGAGGAACUAUCUUGGUUGACGGUCGUGAACUCCCCGUAUCCUUCCAGAGAAUGGCAGGAUAUUGCGAGCAGCUUGAUGUCCACGAAGGCUUUGCGACCGUGCGCGAAGCGCUUGAAUUCUCGGCUCUUCUCCGUCAACCUGAACAUGUCCCGAAGGAAGAGAAAUUGGCAUAUGUCGAUACCAUUAUCGAUCUCCUGGAGCUCCACGAUCUUGCAGACACAUUAAUUGGAAGUGUUGGCGAGGGGCUGAGUGUUGAACAACGCAAACGCGUUACUAUCGGUGUCGAGCUUGUGUCUAAGCCUAGUAUCCUCAUCUUCCUAGAUGAGCCUACGUCUGGUCUCGAUGGCCAAUCUGCGUAUAACACGGUCAGAUUCCUGCGCCGGCUGGCUGACGCUGGUCAGGCAAUCUUGGUGACCAUUCAUCAGCCAUCAGCUCAGUUGUUUGCUCAGUUCGACACACUUCUGCUUCUAGCCAAAGGAGGAAAAAUGGUUUAUUUUGGCGAUAUUGGCGACAAAGCUUGUACGGUCAGUAACUACUUUGCAAACUAUGGAGCGCCCUGCCCGGUAAGCAGUAAUCCUGCGGAGCAUAUGAUCGAUGUGGUUACCGGUGGCAUUGAGGCCGUGAAGGAUAAGGAUUGGCACCAAGUCUGGCUGGAUUCUCCCGAAAAUGCUGCCGCUGUCGCAGAACUCGACCAGAUUGUUGCUGAGGCCAGCGCAAAACCGCCAGCCACGGUGGAUGACGGUAAAGAGUUUGCUACCUCGCUUUGGACUCAAACUAAGCUUGUGACCGCUCGGAUGAGUGUCUCCCUGGCCAGAAACACCAAAUAUGUCAACAACAAACUGGAGUUGCAUAUCAUUUCUGCCCUUCUCAACGGCUUCUCAUUCUGGCACCUUGGACCCUCAGUUUCUGCUCUUCAGUUGAAGAUGUUUACUAUCUUCAAUUUCACCUUUGUUGCACCGGGUGUGAUCAAUCAGCUUCAACCCCUUUUCAUUCAACGCCGUGAUAUUUACGACGCCCGUGAAAAGAAGUCGAGAAUGUAUUCUUGGAAGGCCUUUGUCACAGGUCUUAUUGUCUCCGAAUUUCCCUAUCUCUGCCUCUGUGCCGUUUCAUACUUUGUCUGCUGGUACUAUCAAACCAAUUUGCCGCGUGAUUCCAAGAAUGUUGGAGCAACGUUCUUCAUCAUGUUGAUCUACGAGUUCAUCUAUACUGGUAUCGGACAAUUUGUCGCGGCGUACGCCCCAAAUGCGACCUUCGCAGCUCUGGUGAAUCCUCUCAUUGUCAACAGCUUGGUGCUAUUCUGCGGUGCCUUUGUUCCUCAGCCACAACUCAAUGUCUUCUGGAAAUUCUGGUUCUACUACCUGAAUCCUUUCAACUAUGUGGUGGCAGGCAUGUUCACCUUUGGAAUUUGGGAUGCGACGGUGACGUGCAAUGCAGAGGAGUUUGCCUACUUCGACCCGCCUAAUGGAACAUGCAAAGACUACCUGGCUGAUUACAUGGCCGGCGUGGGCUCCGCCAUCAACUUGAUCAACCCGGAGGCGACUUCCCAGUGUCAGGUCUGUCAAUAUACCCGUGGAAGUGAUUAUCUGAAGAACCUCAACAUCAACCACUACUAUUAUGGCUGGAGAGAUGCCGGUAUCUGCGUGAUCUUCGCCAUCAGUGGGUAUGCCUUAGUUUUUGGCUUGAUGAAGCUUCGAACCAAGGCUUCCAAGAAGGCGGAGUAA